UGUCAAACGCGAAAUGGCGAGCGUGCUAGGAGGCCCGUUACCUUCGACACUCUUGGGUUGUAGCAUGUUUAUAUCCUUCAUGGUCCUUUAUCCAAACGAUUACAUUCGUAUAUGUAAUCCUGAAAAGCAUACGGUCAAUGAUGGCGGCUGAGGUGGAGGUGGAGCUGGAGCGAGGCGAUGAGUACCCAGCGCAUUACAAAGUCAUGAUGGACAAACUUAAUGAACAACGACAGCUGGACCAGUUCACAGACAUUACCUUGAUUGUGGAUGGACACCAGUUCAGAGCCCAUAAAGCAGUGUUGGCAGCUUGCAGUCAGUUUUUCCAUAAGUUCUUCCAAGAUUUCACCCAGGAGCCACUUGUGGAGAUAGAAGGAGUGAGUAACACAGCCUUUAGCCAGCUGAUGGAGUUCACGUACACGGCGACACUAGUUGUAGUCGGAGAAGAGGAGGCCUACGAUGUCUGGAAGGCUGCAGAAUACCUCCAGAUGCAGGAAGCCAUCAAAGCGCUCAACGUUAAGAUAAAUGACAAUCCCUCGCCGACAGCAAACAGCAAAGGUAAAAAGAGGAAGAUUGCGGAGACAUCUAAUGUGAUAACAGAAACCCUACCUUCAGUGGAAGGGGAACAGGUGGAGAUUGAGGUGAUAGGGGAAGGGGCCAUUGAGGUGGAGGAGACCGGACUGGAGGAGGUGGUCGAUGCAGCAAAGAAUGCUCAGGCGGCAUCCGAUGACUCUGCUUUGGCUCUUCUCGCUGACAUAACCAGCAAGUAUCAGCAAGGGGAACCUACGCUACAGAUCAUUAAGAAGGGAGGAAUAGAAGAGGAGGUGGUGUAUCAGGAGGAAACGGUGACCGCUUCCAAGGUGCUGGAGAAUGUCGAGGUCGUCGAGGUCCAGAUUUCCCAAGUGGACAACAUGUUCCGCUGCAACAAGUGCGACCGCAGCUUCAAGCUAUACUACCACCUCAAACAGCACCUGAAAACACACCUGGGCUCGCUGGAAAAACCCCACGUGUGCAACCACUGCGGGAGAGCCUACACGCGGGAGGGCGCCUUGAAGCAGCACAUCAGCACAUUUCAUUUCGAUGCAGAAGAGCUGUCUCGGAACCAGAAGCCCCAGAAAAGAGUGCAUGUCUGUGAAUACUGUAAAAAGCACUUUGACCACUUCGGCCACUUUAAGGAGCACUUGCGGAAGCACACUGGGGAAAAACCUUACGAGUGUCCAGAUUGCCACGAGCGAUUUGCAAGGAACAGCACACUAAAGUGCCAUAUGGCAGCCUGUCAGAAUGGGGCCGGAGCCAAGAAAGGACGCAAGAAACUCUACGAAUGCCAGGUCUGCAGCAGCGUAUUCAACAGCUGGGACCAGUUCAAAGACCAUCUUGUGAGCCACACGGGCGACAAGCCCAACCACUGCACCAUGUGUGACAUGUGGUUCACCCACCCGAAAGACCUAAAGGCCCACCUCAAACACAUUCAUUCCAUUGAGGACAAGUCCACCGAGGAAAUUGUCAACAACGACUCUGCCGCCGCCCUCGCCAUGGCAACGCAGAGCAUAGAAGGAGCCGAAACGGUUCUGCUUGACGACGGCAUCCAGGUGGAGCACGUCACGGUGGAGCCCGUGGACGUGAUGGAGAUGGAGGAGACGACAACAGUGGUGGUGGAGGACGGAGGGGUGGCGGAGAUGUGCGAGGAGGACAUGGAGAGAUUAAAGCAGGCCGGGGUGCAGAUCCAGGUGGUGCACGUGACCACGACGGAAGUUGACGGGCAGCAGGUGGUGAACUCUCAGGUGGAGGUGGAGAUGGAGGGCGAGGUGGUGAGCGUCGAGGAGGCGGAGCAAGCAGUGACUGUAUGAGAAUGUGGAAAAAGGACUGCAGGAAACUCUUUCAGUGCUGAAUGGCUGCGUUAUCUUAGUAGCUUAAUUCUUUUUACAUAAAGAACACUGCAUGUGAGAUACAGCAUGUUACCUCAACAUGUCCUGCUGUCUGCCAUCACAUCAAAUGACUCCGCUUCCAGUUUCUCUCACGCUCCAAACUGAGUUAUUGGCAGAGCUACGGAGACGCUAUGGAGAUGUAUCAUUUCCCGCUACUGAUCCUGUAUUUAUUUUAAAGCCGUUUUCCAUCAUAUCACAAAUUUUCAAUGACUCUUGGGUGCUUCAAUCAAUUUUUGGGUCCUUAUUUUACCUCCAAUUUAACUAUGUUCCUUUAGUUUGGGUCACUUGCCAAGACAAUUUGACAAUGAAUACAAUGUUCUUGUUGCCGCACACAUAUGGUGCUGAAUUUCCUCAGUGCUAAUGCUACAGUUUUGUUUAAGCUUAUUUUCAUAUUGACAUUUGGUGUUUUUGGAGGAAAAACCAUGAUAUGAAAUAAAAUUGGUUUCCAGCAUGGGCUGCUAGUCUCGCAUCCAUCUACUGGGUUUAUUAUCUAGAAAAUCAACUCUGUUU